AUGGCUGCCAUCCGACUUCGAGAAUUUAUCGACCACCGCCCAGUGGUCCCAUCCAGUAUAUUCAUCACUCAUCAAGGAAAGGACAUCCAAGGAUAUUACACCGGGCAGCUGGCAAGAGUCCAUUUUGAGUCUAGUGUGAAGAGACCACCCAGAUAUUUGCAGCCUGCGGAACGAUGGUAUAAGGAAACCACCUAUCAAAGAGACUAUUCUCUGCCAUUUUACAACAUGGGUUGCAACCAGAAAUUAGCCACAGUUUCAUCGAAUCCUACACCACUAAAUUCACUGCCAGAGUUCUACUGUUGUGAAGCGAGGCAGCUUUGA